UUGAAUUGUCAACCAAAUUGAAACGUGCCUGCGCCGAAAAAUAAAAGUAAGCGUCGUUUUUAUUAUUUUGUUGUAACAAUAAAAGGACGUUUUUUUGUUGUCGGUAAUGUAAUGCUUUAAUUUUACGCACUGGCAGUGCACAGCCGCAUAAUUGUUGAAAAUACAGUGUGGAAUUGUAUCAAAAAUGGCGAGACACUGGCCAAAUUGUUAGACGCUAAUUGUGUAAAUAAAUGUAUUACAACUGUAAACCUGAAUUUUACUGUAGUGCAGUUAAAUAAUCAUAUAUAUAGUUUAUAUGGAAGAAAGAAAACCACAAAGAAUCUUUUAAAUGGCAACCAACUACAAAUGUUAAUACAGAAAUAAAUUCUAUACAAACAAUAUAUAAUUAAGUUAAAAAACAACACAACAAAAGCCUUAACUCAAUAACCAGACAGCCGUAGCAAAUAUGGCCGUGCAGCUUAAGAAUGCGUAUCAUCAUCUGCCGUUGACCAUAACGCCGAUACUCUGCCAGCCGCUGCUGACGCCGGCGCCGACGCCGCCGAAGCCGGAGCCGCCAGACUUGACAUUUCAUUGCAUGUGCUGUGCCGAGUACUUUGUGCAUCCACUGGCGCUCUACCAGCACAUGAACAGCAAGCAUCCAAACGAGUCGACGCCACAGCAGCAACAGCAGCAGCUGCAGCUGCAGCAAGAACAGGAGCAGGGAGCUGAGGAAGAUAGCACGGACUAUAGCUGGAUAUUUGAACCGGUCUGCGAGCUGGAAGUAGCUGCGGAUGCAGCGCCGUUGCGCAGCGACGAUGAAAGCGACUCCAACAGCGACGAUGAGGCGGAGGAGGGCAGCGAAGCAGACAGCGAUAAUGAUAGCGAUAGCAGCAGCAGCAGCAAUAACUCCAGCAGCAGCUCCUCUAGCAGCAGCACCACCAGCAGUAGUGGUGGUGGAGGCGGCGCCAACAGCAACUCCAAUACGCAGCAGAGCUUGGAAAAUGGCGCCUAUGUGGAGGUGACAUCAACACAUCCCAUGCGUGGCCUGCUGCCUGGAAUACAGCCCAAUGAAUAUCAGCUGCAGACAGCAGAUCCGCAUGAAUCCACCUCCAUUAUACUGCUACAACCGACGCUGAGCAUAACGCCACUGCCGGCGCCAGUGGUGCAACAGGCACCACCGCUGCCCACGCUGAGCUUGGAGCCUGCGCCCAUUAAGCGCCGACGCGGAAGGCGCAGCAAGACGAAUGUUACCAGCGACGGCCUAGGCGCUGCGGCGGCUGCUGUAGCUCAGCUGGGCGCCAAUGGUCAGAAGUGCUUUCAGUGCACGCACUGCGAGGCAUCGUUUCCCAAUGCUGGCGAUCUGUCCAAACACGUGCGCUCGCACAUCUCCAACAAGCCGUUCCAGUGCUCCAUCUGCCAGAAGACCUUCACGCACAUCGGCAGCCUCAAUACACACAUACGCAUCCACAGCGGCGAGAAGCCGUACAAGUGCGAACUCUGUCCCAAGGCGUUCACUCAGUCGAGCAGUCUGAUGGUUCACAUGCGAUCGCAUGCGGUGCGCAAGCCGCAUCAGUGCGUGCAGUGCGACAAGGGCUUCAUCAACUACAGCUCCCUCCUGCUGCACCAGAAGUCGCACUCGGCACCGGCCGAGAGCUUCGUGUGUCCGGAGUGCGAGCGUGAGUUUAAGGCCGAGGCGCUGCUCGAUGAGCACAUGCGCAUGCACACCCAGGAGCUGGUCUACCAGUGCGCCAUUUGUCGGCAGGCGUUCCGUGCCAGCUCGGAGUUGGUGCAGCAUAUGAAAUGCCAUAUGGGCGAGAAACCAUUCACCUGCUCCCUGUGCGAUCGCUCGUUCACGCAAUCGGGCAGCCUCAACAUUCACAUGCGCAUCCACACGGGCGAGAAGCCAUUUCAAUGCAAGCUGUGCGACAAGUGCUUUACUCAGGCGUCCAGUCUGAGUGUGCACAUGAAGAUCCAUGCCGGCGAGAAGCCCUUCCCCUGCCACAUUUGCGGCAAGGCCUACAGCCAGCAGGCCUAUCUCAAUAAGCACAUCCAGGCACAUGCCAUGGACGCCACGCCUGCGCGUCAGGCGAUGCCGAUGGUACCAGCGCCGAAGGAGACGCUCGUUUGUAUUGUGUGCGGUGCACUGCACGCGGAUGCCACUGCGCUGGCGCUGCAUGUGACGCGAGAGCACACAGCGCUGCUGGACAACAUGAAGCAGGCCACAAUACCGCAGGCGCCAAUUGCGGCGGGUAAAUGCAGCGCCGUGGAGCGUCAAGCACAGCAGCAGGCGUACAUGCAACGUGUGCAGUCGAUGCUGCAGCAAAUGAAUCAGCAACAACAGCAGCAACCUGCCAUGGAUUCAGCUGGAGAGGAUGAGGAAGAACUGGACGACGAAGACGAGCUGGACGAGGAUGAAGAACAGCAACUGGAUGAAGGCGUCGAGCAGAUUGAGGCGCAGCAAGUGGCAAACAUCGACGACGAAGACGACGACGGCGAUGAUGACAUCGAGGAUGACGACGAUGAAGACGAUGAUGUUGAGGAUGAUGAUGAAGAUGAGCAGCAACUGAUAACGGAUGCAGACAUGUAUUACGAUAUGCCUGGUGAUUUUGCCGACAUGGAAGUGGGCUGCGAGGAGGAGGUGUGUGGCGAUUUUAUUGAGAAUGACGAUUAUGCUGCCGAAGAGGAGGUCUACACCGAGGACAUAUAAUAGCCGUUAAAUGAUAUCAGAGUUAAUUAUGAGGUUACGACGCAUCAGUUUUACAUUAUUAUAAUUAUUACAAGUUGGAUACAAAUCCCUUUUGUAACUACGGCUAGGUGAACACGAACUCGCGAACAAACACAAUUUUUUUAGUUUAAGUAUUGUUUUCUGGCCAUAGUUAUUAUAUUGCUUACGGUAUUUAAAUCAUUGUCACUUUCAUGCAACACACAACACACAACACCAGCGACAUUAACCUGAAGUACCUAGCAGAGCUCUUACAUAUAUUUAAUUGUUCUAUAGACUUUUAUGUUUAAGUUUAACCCCAUCUAUAAUAGUCACUUGCAGCUUGCAGAAGCUUCAACUUCCAUCGGUUGCUAACCAUCUCUCGCAUAUCAGCUUACAGUAUCUAUAAGAUUAUCUCAGUCAGAGCUCUGCGCAAGUACAUGUCCAUUCGAAUGCACCACUUUAAAUGGUAUUAUACUUUAGUAUUAAGCUACCUACUGUAUGCUGUUCAUUUAUCCAAUGCCCCACACUGAAUUGUGGGUCAUACUUUUUCCCCCAAUUGCAAACAAAACACCGCUCAUUACUGUGCGGCCCCUGAAGAGAUUACAUUAAU